CGACAGAGCUUCGCGUGAGCUUUUCGCGGCUAGCUAGGUGUUGCUAACAAUGGCGGCGGCGGCUGCGGCGGCGACGGCAGCGGGUGGAACGAGUUCGUGGGGCUCGACGGGCGCUCAGGGAGCCAGUGGAAUGUCUGUUUUCAGGAAGAAGGACGGGGGUCCGUCCUCGAAAUACUGGGAGAGCGGAGAGACGGUGUCCCAGCUGGAGCCCGUGCGCCUAUGGGUCGGGAAACACUACAAAAAGUAUGUCCAGGCAGACUCUCCAUCGAGCAAGUCACUGGCUGGCCUGGUAGUGCAGCUGCUGCAGUUCCAGGAGGAUGCGUUCGGCAGGAGGGUGAACAACCCAGCCCUCACCAAGCUGCCUGCAAAGAGCUUCCUGGACUUUAAGCCAGGAGGUGCACUGUGUCACAUCUUGGGAUCCGUCUACAAAUUCAGGAGCGAGCAGGGCUGGCGACGGUUCGACCUGCAGAACCCCUCUAGGAUGGAUAGGAACGUGGAGAUGUUUAUGAAUGUGGAGAAGACACUCGUGCAGAACAACUGCCUUACGCGCCCUAUCGUGUACAUAGCGUCAGACAUGGAUCAGAAACAAGCUGUGAAGCUGAAGGACAUUAUCAAGAGGCACCAGGGCUCCAUCACAGAGGACAAAUCCAAGGCCACACACCACAUCUAUCCAUCCCCAGGACAGCUGGAUGAAGAAGAGUGGCUCCGCCCUGUGAUGCGCAAAGACAAGCAGGUGCUAGUUCACUGGGGCAUGUACCCUGAUAGCUAUGAUACUUGGGUGCCAGCCAAUGACGUAGAAGGAGAUGUGGAGGAGCCACCCAGCCAGGACAAGCCCUGGAAAGUUCAUGCUAAGUGGGUUCUGGACACGGACGCCUUCAAUGAAUGGAUGAAUGAGGAGGACUAUGAGGUAGAUGAGAACAGGAAGCCAGUGAGCUACCGUCAACGCAUCUUCCUACGAGAGGAAGAGUCUUCCCGUACACCUGAUCGCAAGGACCGCAAGGCAGCCGCCAGCAGCAGGAAGAGGAGGCGCUCACCAUCGCCCCCCUCAGAAUCACGCAAAAAGGGCAACAAGAAGGGCAGUUCUGGCCCCGGCUGGAAGCGGCGAGGCCAUCGUGAAGAGGAGGAGCCAGAGGAAGAUGUUUCCAAAGACAUGGAGGACCCAUCUCCCGUGCCCAACAUGGAGGAGGUCACCCUGCCCAAGAAUGUGAACCCUAAGAAGGACAGUGAGAACACCCCUGUGAAGGGUGGUACAGUGGCUGAUCUGGAUGAACAGGAAGAUGACUCCAUGGUUUCCGGUGGCAAGGAAGAUGAGGAGUCAGGCAAAACAGAGGGGAGCCGUCUUCUGGAUUCGAGCGAGGACAAUGUGACAGAGCAGAUGCACCAUAUAAUUAUCCCAAGCUAUGCCGCCUGGUUUGACUACAACAGCAUCCAUGAAAUUGAGAGGCGUGCUCUGCCAGAGUUCUUCAAUGGCAAGAACAAGUCCAAAACUCCGGAGAUAUACCUGGCCUAUAGGAAUUUCAUGAUUGACACAUACCGGUUGAACCCUCAGGAGUACCUCACCUCCACGUCCUGCCGCAGGAACCUCACCGGGGAUGUAUGCGCAAUAAUGAGGGUUCAUGCCUUCCUGGAGCAGUGGGGUCUGGUGAACUAUCAGGUGGAUGCGGAGAGUCGACCCCUGCCAAUGGGUCCUCCGCCCACCUCUCAUUUCACUGUGCUGGCUGAUACACCAUCAGGCCUGAUGCCCCUGCACCUCCGCCCACCGCAGAUUCCAGCCUCCCAACAGAUGUUGAACUUCCCUGAGAAAGGGAAGGAGAAACAAAUGGACUUGCAGAACUUUGGCCUGCGCACUGACGUGUACUCCAAGAAGAACCCAAAGACUAAAGGUGGCAGGGAAUGGACUGAACAGGAAACCCUGCUUCUUCUGGAGGGCCUGGAGAUGUACAAAGAUGACUGGAACAAAGUGUCGGAGCAUGUGGGGAGCCGCACACAGGACGAGUGUAUCCUGCACUUCCUACGGCUGCCCAUUGAGGACCCCUACCUGGAAAGUCCAGACACCACACUGGGCCCACUGGCCUACCAGCCCGUGCCCUUCAGCCAGUCGGGAAACCCCGUCAUGAGCACCGUGGCAUUUCUGGCCUCUGUGGUAGACCCCCGUGUGGCAGCCGCAGCGGCCAAGGCUGCUCUAGAGGAGUUUUCACGGGUGCGGGAGGAGGUUCCGGCAGAGCUGGUGGAGGCACACGUCAAGAAGGUGCAAGAGGCGGCACGCACCACUGGCAAACUGGACCCUGCCUUUGGGCUGGAGAGCAGCGGUAUUGCUGGAACGGCCCCAGAGGAGCCUGAGAAAACGGAGUCCGCUGAGGCUGAGAAGAUGGAUACAGAUACAGAUUCCCAGCAGGUAGCCAAGGCCGAAUCAAGAGACGAGGCAGAGAGGCCUGGGGAGUCAGCAGAAGGCGAGCAUGUCAACAGUGAAACCACUGAACCACAGGGUGAAAAAGAGGAGGGGGAAAGUGAAGGAGCCGAGGAGGGAGAGAGUGAGGGAGUUGAAGAGGAGAAGGACAAGGUGGAAGCCAUGGACACAGAGGCUCCCAAAGAGGUAGAUGGGGAUGAGAGCCAGAAGAAGCUGCUGCCUGACGUUGGAGAGGGAAAUAUUGCCACUGCUGCGGCUGCAGCUCUGGCAUCUGCUGCCACCAAGGCCAAGCACUUGGCUGCAGUGGAAGAGCGGAAAAUAAAGUCCCUGGUGGCCCUGCUGGUGGAGACCCAGAUGAAAAAACUGGAGAUCAAGCUGAGGCAUUUUGAGGAGCUGGAGACCAUCAUGGACCGUGAGAAGGAAGCGCUGGAACUACAGAGGCAGCAGCUCCUGACGGAGCGCCAGGCAUUCCAUAUGGAGCAGUUGCGCUAUGCUGAGAUGAAGGCUCGCCAGCAGAUGGAGCAGCAGCAAGCUGCUGCUGCUGCUGCCGCCGCCGCCGCCGCUGCUGCACAUAACCCUGGGGGACACCCUGGGGGACACCCUGGAACCCUCCCUGCUGGACACCCUGGAGGGCAUUCUGCUGGCCAUCCUGGAGCACACCCUGGAGGUCACCCUGGGGGCCACCAUGGCCCCCCACCAGGCAUGCACCCCCACCCAGCCCCCGGCUACCCACCUAUGCACCAUCCUAUGGCCCCCUACCACCCUCCUCAUGCAGGUCCUAUGGGAGGACCAGCUCAGCCCAUGCCAAGUCGUAUGAUGCCCGGGGGUCCUCAAGGUGGACAGCCCCAGCCCAACAUGCCCCCUAUGAUGGGACCAAGGCACCCAGGUGCUCCCAAUGGCUUGUACGCCACCCCUCCCAUGUCGCAGCCCGAUGGGUUGCCACCUGCCCCAGUUGGACCACCAGUGGGAGCACCAGUCGGACCACCAGUAGGACCACCAGCUGGACCCUCUGUGGGACCAUCAAUUGGUCCCGCAUCCCGUCCCCCAGAGAACUAAGUCCUCUCCUCCAGUCCCACCCCAGCACAGAGCCCCUCUAUGCCUCUUUGGGACCUACUGAAUAAUGCAGAUGAAACCCUGCCGCUCCAACCUCCCUUGUAGAUGUGCAGGUCCUCCAGUGGCCCACGUCCCUCUCUAGUGCCUGACCCCCUGUCCUCAGGGCCCUGUGUGUGGAUGAGUGCAUCGUUCUCCUCUGGUGACCUUUCCUUGUGGAACCUCCUCCACAGCUCGCCACACACUCAGUGUGUGCAGCAGUCAGGCACGUUGUGCUGCAGGAUGCAGGAUCCUGAGUGGUCUCUAAAGGGACCACUGACCAUGUGGCCCUGAGCCACCAAGUAGACGCACUGGUUGCUUCGCUGAAUGCCACCAUGGGUUGGUAGGGGGCAGUAGAGAGCUCAGCUCUGACAGUUGGUCUGUGUGGAGUGUGCUUUCUGUAACUUUUCGUUCCCUGUAAUGUGACAGAUUGUGUAUAUGUUUUAUUUCCUGUGUGGUGUGGAACUUCUCAAGAACAUAUAUAAGCUAAGGAAGGGCAAUGGUUGAGGGGCAGAGAGUUGACUCCCCCUUCCCUUGCCUCUUUCCUCCAAUCACACUGUAAAGGCAUCCAGGACACUGGCAUCCUGUCAGUCACACACCUGUCCUGUCGAGCACACUGGGAACCAGAGGAGAUAGACGAGCAAAGCGCGUGUGUGUGCGUGCGUGCGUGCCUGCCUGCCUGCCCUGUCCCCCUGCUGCAGCCUUGUAGGACAGGUUUGCCUUUCCCUCCCUUAGUGGUUGCUCUUUGCUCUUCCUUGCUGCCCCCAUUUCCUGUCUGCUGUUGAUACUGUACCUCAGAGUGCCCCCUCACACCUGCCGUCAGUCUUCCUGCUUUGUAGCGGUGGGGGGGUGCUGGUGGGCUCCAUCAGUCCAGUCUCAGGUGAAGCCAUAGCCACGCCCAGACCUGCACUGCCUGCCCCUCAUGCCCCCCCGCACCACUCUUCCUGAUGAGAACUAGUCACGGGAUGGCAGCCGACACCAGUUCGCCCUACACAUCCCGCAUUAAUUCUUAUUUUGUGUGUAUUUUUUUAAAUAAACUUUGCUUUAGGUUCGCCUCUUUAUCUAGAGUUUGUAGGGUUUGUUUCUUUUGUUAACUUGGUACUGAGACCUGAACACUGUCGAAUAAAAGUGGUUUUGUAUGAAGAGACGGUGUGGCACUUACUUCUACUUGAGCAGCUUGUGCAGCGCCAGGAACCGGGUGUUCAAUGCAUAUUUCUGACAGAUCUCCAGUGCACACUUGGGGUUUGUAAGCGUGUGUAUGGUGUGUGUAUGAUGUCAGUUUCAUGGCUAGAGGUUUACCUCUACCUGUUGCAUUCAUUGUGUAGAUUUGUAGGAAACAUCAGCACAGUCAACACCUGCUGUGAGCUGCUAAUCCAACAAGCUGUGCAUGUUUUCGGAGAGUGAGGCUAAGAGGCCAAGCCACUGUUUGCUGUAUGGUGAACUCCAAUGGACGGGUUCGAUCCCCACCAGCCCAUCUGCACACCAAGGAUUACAUGCUUAUUUCCCCCCCCCCCCAUAGUGUUCCCCUCAAUUUCUUUG